CGAAAUCUGCACCUCGUGCACUCGCCGACGUGAUGACUGUGGGGAUUACAGACACACUCGUUGGCUUUACUUUGUGGGGGUUGAGGGCUUCCGUCGCUAAUAUCGGGGCUAUCCGCCGAUAAAAGUAUUUGAUUGAUAAGUUGUCACCUCGCGGGGGCACACCUCCAGUAACGUACGCGAACAGCUGACUCGCGUACAACUGUCGACUCGUAGUCAUUCUGGGCAUUCGGAAAGUUUUUCCCAGAGCGGAAGUAAAUUGCAUUGGAAACGGGGCGCGGGGCGUGCCUGAGGGAAGUGGGUAAGGUGACAGGCGGCGGCCGCACAAACUGUUGUUCAGAGUGAGUGCGUGAAGCGGGCGGAGGGAGUGUGCGCCAAAAUCGUAGAUGCGACCGCGAAAAGUGAAGGGCGGAUGACGCGAAAAUAAUUGCACCGGCCAAGGUGGGAUGUGAUGAGCCGCGCGCCGCAGAUAUUUCAUCAGCCGCUUUCAUCACCGGCGCUCAUCAGUGCGAGUUGGAAUGUGCUUUGAAUCGAACGGUGAGUCGUGAUUACUUUAAAAUCUCGCCUGGAGCCGCUCGGACGGUUCGAUUUUCGCGUCUGGAAGUGCAAAUCGCGUGCGAAUUUCUCUUCAGCAGUGGGUCAACGUUCCGUGUUUUGUUCGAAGCUCGUGUGUCUUAGUUGAAAAGUGUGAGGUGUUUCGCCCCCAAAUUAGAGGAAGCAGCGAACAUUUGGAUAUGCAAAACCGCCUCAGCGGGCAGCCUUUGUGAACGACAGCAACGGGAAAACCAGUUGCAGAACAGAUAAACAUGGAGUUCAGCUGAUAAUCGGCCGCGUCGUUAACUUUGAAUUGUAUACAAUGCGAAUUAGAUUGGAAUUUUGGCACAAAAAAUAGAUAUAGAGCGAACUGAUAAAACGUCUAUUAAUCAUAUAAAUAACCAAAGGCGCAGACUAGACAAUAAUAGUGCAUUGAACAAAUUAGUGCUAAAUAACUUCCCAUUGCCUUCUGCUAAGCGGAUAUAGUGUAUAACCAGCGCAAGGUCGAUUCGUUGCAUGUCGCCCCGCGAAAACCCAUGAAUAAUGUCACACUCGGCACCCCGUUCUACAAAAUAAAACGUGCCAUUCAGCAACCACAAGUAUUAUUUAUUGUAUCUUUUCUCCGUUUUACGCUUUUCACGAAAGCUUUAAUUCUUUUACACAAUUUUACGCGCAUUUGAAACUGAAAAGUUCAAUUUUUACUACAAACCAUUCAUACUCUGGCUUGUGAGUGCGCUUUUCUUACAUAAACGCAACAUUCAAUGUGAAUCGCAAUUGAUUUUCAGCGUCUAAUAUUUUUGCACCUCCACAUUUGCAUACUGACGUGCUCAGCAAGUGGGAAAAGCUAGAUGUCUGGCGUAGCCGUAUCUUUUUUUACUCGGGGAAGCUAAUAGUCUUUAAGCUUGUUUAGUUCACUAUAUGAGGCUCUAUCAGAGAUUAUUUCAGUCAACGUUCAGACUUAGCGGCAGCGAAGCGCAGUGAUAAAGGCGGACUGAGUGCCAUCAGUCCGCUUGAAGCUUGUUGGGAAUCUAAAAUAAUUUUGAAAAGUGCUUCGAGUGUUCGCUGAUAAAUUCAUAGAUGAUAAUAGCGUCUUCCCUCUUAUAGUUUACUAAUAUUAACGAAAAUCUAUAAAAUAUCAACAGGCAAAAGUACUUUGAAAAAUUUAUUAAUUUCUUUGUGUAUAUUUAAAAAUUUAAAUUUCGCUAGUGUUCUCAAAUCAAUUAUAUGGAAAUUUCAAACGUGGAUAUUGUGGAUGAAAUUUAUAAAAGUCUAGCUUUGGUUUAGUUUCAAAGAAUAAAACAAAAACAAAUUCAUGACUCAGAGACAUAGACCGUGGUUUCAAUAAUCUACAAAGCCCAUAAACCCAAACAGCCAAAUUAACCCAAUUCUCAAACAAAUCAAAAUAAUCCAACAAGUUUCAAUCAGCCCAGUGAACCCGUCACCCAAUAUGGAUUACCAACCGUUCAGAAAUAUUUUCGCUCCAAAUGCAGUUGUCUACGAUGGAGAUGACGAAGAUUUUAAUGGCAACAAUGAUAACGGCGACAAUUAUUUUGCAAAUAAUGCAUUUGGCGUUAAUAACAAUGCAGCAACAGAUGCAACAUCUGUCUGGGUGUUUGGCUACGGAUCAUUGUGCUGGUAUCCUGGUUUCCAGUAUUCCAAGUGUGUUACAGGAUAUAUUAGAGGCUACGUGAGGCGAUUUUGGCAAGGAAAUACAACCCACCGCGGCACGCCGGAAAAGCCUGGGCGUGUCGCUACUCUAGUUGAAGAUAAAGAGGGUAUAACUUGGGGCUGUGCGUAUAAAGUGACUGGCGAUAGUGCGUUAGAAUAUCUGAAGCAGCGGGAGUGCACCCUAGGUGGCUAUGUGACCAUUGACACGAAAUUCUUCCCUCGAGUCGCCGUGGAAAAUUCAGACAUAUGCGGCGAAGCUUUCCCCGUCCUAGUAUACAUUGCUACCGACAAAAACGCCCACUGGCUCGGUGAAAAUUCAAUUAGUAGUAUAGCUCAGCAAAUUGUUGAUUCGUCUGGUCCUAGCGGACAUAAUGUAGAGUAUGUUCUCAAAUUAGCAAAUUUUAUGAAAGAGGAGAUUUCUGAGGCGUAUGACGAGCAUCUUUUCUGCUUAGAGAAAAGUGUACGAGAUAUCCUGGAUGAACGCAAAAUACCUCUUCGAUCUGUGAUGGGCGCUGCUCCGCAAAGAAUUAGACGCGAUUCGCAUGAAGAAAUUCAACGACCCACCACCUUUGAGUUUACGUCACGUGUACCAGAAACAAGAUUGCGCUGUCUUAAUAUUUAAGAUAACUCUGUCUUGCUAAUGUUAAGAUUUGGAGGAUUCAUGAGCGUUUGUUAGUGAUAUUUUGAUUGAGAGGCUUUAUGCUAAUAACUUAUGGAUCACAGCUAUUUCUAAUAAGAACAAUUUGAAGUCAUGAAUGCAGAUGAUUUUUUUAUCUUUUAAGAGUUAGCCGAGCUGUUCUAGUAAUAAGCAUUUUAUUUGAUAGGAGUUAGGGAAACUAUGGUAUUUUGACCAAAUUUCUGAAAUAUAUUAAUUGCAAAUAAAUAUAAAACUUCAAAGCUUUAUGAUGUAACCGUGAAAUUAUAUUAUAUAAGACAAUGGCUG